AUGGUGAAGCGGAAAAGCCUGGAUGAGACCGACACGGAGUGCGGCAAGGGUAUACCGUUCCCGAUCCAGACCUUCUUAUGGAGGCAGACCAGCGCGUUUCUGAGGCCGAAGUUGGGGAAACAAUACGAGGCAUCUUGUGUGUCCUUUGAGCGGGUGCUGGUGGAGAACAAGCUCCACGGGCUCUCCCCGGUGCUGUCCGAGGCCAUCCAGAGCAUCUCUCGCUGGGAGCUGGUCCAGGUCGCCCUGCCCCACGUGCUCCACUGCACCGCCAUCCUGCUCUCUAACAGGAACAAGCUGGGUCACCAGGACAAGCUGGGCGUGGCGGAGACCAAGCUGCUCCAUACCCUCCACUGGAUGCUACUGGAGGCGGCCCAGGAGUGCAACCAGGAGCCCAGCCUGGGCCACGGAUGGUCGGGGGGCAGCAGCAGCUCAGCCUUCCUCCAGCCAAUGGGGAUUGGGAACCAGGGUUCCCCGCCAGCCAGAGGUGGCCAAGGUGGCCCAGGAUCAGGCACCGGUUCUGGGUCAGGAGCGCCACGCUGCAGCGGGUCCCUGGAGGAGGAUGAGCACGCCCGCACCAAGCUCUUCCACAAGAGCAUGGCCACCGUGGAGCUGUUUGUCUUCCUCUUUGCUCCCCUCAUUCACCGCAUCAAGGAGUCUGAUCUGACUUUCCGAUUGGUCAGUGGUCUCAUCAUAUGGCAGCCAAUGUGGGAGCACCGGCAACCUGACGUCCCCGCCUUCUCUGCCCUCAUCAAGCCUGUGAGGAACAUUGUGACAGCCAAGAGGAACUCCCCGGUGAACAACCAGUGUAGCCCCUGUGGGUCCAGAAACCAAGCCCCCAUGGUGAGUGGUUUCCAGGUGGUCUGUGAAACGACCCAAUCAGAUUCAUCCUCCCCCGGGGCUGGAGAGCAGAGCUGUCGCCGCGGCAACUCAUUUGACCGUGAUGUGGACUGGGAGACUAGUCAGGAUCGAGGGAAAGAUGAACAGAGGGCGGGCAUCUCCGUCUCCCCGGCCCAGCGUGCCCGCUACGCCACCUACUUUGACGUGGCAGUCCUGCGCUGCCUGCUGCAGCCCCACUGGACGGAGGAGGGGGUGCACUGGGCCCUCAUGUUCUACCUGCAGCGCCUGCGUCAGAUCCUGGAGGAGCGCCCGGAACGCCCGCCGGAGCCACUGGUCCCGCCCCUGCCCCGCCCUCGCAGCAGCUCCAUGGUGGCCACCGCCCCCUCUCUCGUCAACACCCACAAGACUCAGGACAUGAGUCUGAAAUGCAACGAGGAGGAUAAGUCCCUCAGCUCAGAGACCUUCUCUAAGGUGUCCCUGACCAACCUGCGCAGACAGGCUGUACCCGACCUUUCCUCUGACCUGGGUAUGAACCUCUUCAAAAAGUUCAAGAACCGGCGGGAGGACCGUGAGCGUAAGGGCUCCAUCCCGUUCCACCACACCGGCAAGAAGCGCCAGCGCCGCAUGGGUGUGCCCUUCCUGCUCCACGAGGACCACCUGGACGUGUCACCCACCCGAUCCACCUUCUCCUUCGCCAGCUUCUCUGGCGACGACCGGCGGGCGCUGGAGCGCGGGGGCUGGCAGGCUACCAUCAUGGGUAAGUUGACACGGCGAGGGAGCUCAGACACGGCUGCAGACACAGACAACCUGAGUGCUAAACACUCACACUCCCAUCACUCCCUGCUCAGAGACAUGCCAGACCACUCCAACAGCCACGGAGACAACACCGUUCACGCCAAGGGGGAGGUGCGUUCACAGAUCUCCACCAUCACCAUGGCGACGUUCAACACCACAGUGGCGUCCUUCAAUGUGGGCUAUGCCGACUUCUUCACCGAGCACAUGAAAAAGCUGUGUAACCCUGUACCCAUCCCAGAGAUGCCCCACGAGACGCUGGCGUGCGCCAACCUGCCCCGGAGCUUCACCGACUCGUGUAUCAACUACUCGUGCCUAGAGGAGGGAGACAACAUCGAGGGCACCAACAACUUCAUCCUGAAGAAUGGCAUGCUGGACCUUACGGCCAUCCUGCGGGCGGUCUACGCAGUGCUGACCCACGACAUCAGCUCACGGAUCUGUGACGUGUCGCUCAACAUCAUCGACUGCUUGCUGCAGCUGGGGGUAGUGCCGGGCAUGGGGAAGAAGCUCUCCAAGCCCGACGACAAGGAGAACGAUGAGACACGCCUCCCGAAGGAGGGGGCCAAUCAGAGCCUGAGCGGCGCCCAAGGGGGCGUGUCUGGAGGGUGCAGCGGGGCGGCACCAGGGGGAGGGGGUGGAGGAGGAGGAGGAGGGGAUGGAGGUGGGGGAAGUGGAGGAGGGAGCGGAGGAGGGAGCAAGGACGACGUGAAGAACAACAAGGAGAAAGACAGCAAGGACGGCUCUUCACUGAGUACCCACCGGCUGGCUCUCACCAUGCUGAUCAAGAUGGUCAAGUCUCUGGGUUGUGCCUACGGCUGUGGGGAGGGCCACAGAGGACUCUCAGGGGACCGCCUCCGCAUGCAGGUCAGACAACUCACAGAUUGCCCCUUUAACAAAAUUGCCCAGAACUGCCUGACCAACCUGUACAAGCUGGACAAGCUGCAGUUCCGUCAGACCAUGAGGGACUACGUCAACAAGGACUCGCUCAACAACAUCGUGGACUUCCUGCACGCACUCCUGGGCUUCUGCAUGGAGCCCAUCACCAACAAUAAGGCCGGGUUCGGGAACAACUUCACCACGGGGGACAACAAGUCACUGGCCCAGAACAUGGAAGCAGUGGUGGUGGGCUGCAUGUUCAAGUCUCUGAUCACUCGCUGCGCCUCCACCACGCACGAACUGCACAGCCCUGAGAACCUGGGUCUGUACUGUGACAUCCGCCAGCUGGUGCAGUUCAUCAAGGAGUCCCAUGGCAACGUGUUCCGCAGGGUGGCACUGAGCGCACUCCUGGACUCGGCCGAGAAAGUGGCCACCACCAAGAAGCCAGAGGAGAAGGAGGAGCCUAUCACCAAACCUACAGCAUCCAGGAGGUCAGAGGCAGGUGUGUCUGGGGAAAAGGGAGGGCAGCCGUCCACCGCUGCAGACGAAUGCCGCAGCUGCAUAUCCAGCCGCCCCCCCCAGACACCAGAGCAUGAUGAACAGAUUCCGGGGGCUCUGCUGGGCAAGAAGGACUUCUGGAGGAAGAUGUUCAAGUCACAGAGUGCUGCCAGCGACACCAGCAGCCUAUCAGAGCAGGACACGUCGGAGUGCACCACCGCCCACUCGGGCACCACCACGGACCGACGAACCCGCUCACGCUCCCGACGCAUCUCCCUGCGCAAGAAGCUCAAGCUGCCCAUCGGUAACUGGCUUAAGCGGUCAUCUCUCUCUGGGCUGACCGACGGGGUCGAGGACUUGUUGGACAUCAGCUCUGUGGACCGACUCUCCUUCAUCCGCCAGAGCUCCAAGGUGAAGUUCACCAGCAACGUGAAGCUGUCAGAGGGCGGCGGGGGAGCAGGGGGCGUGGAGUACGGCCGGGACGAGGAGGAGAAUUUCUUCAAGCGGCUCGGGCCCCAGGGGUUCCAGGAGCGCCUGGCAGCAAGCCAGGAGGCCAUGAAGAACAAGAACGUGGUGAACCUGGCCGCCAUCCGCCAGGGCAUGAAACGCUUCCAGUUCCUGUUGAACUGCUGUGAGCCAGGCACCAUCCCUGACGCAUCCAUCCUGGCCGCUGCGCUCGACCUGGAAGCUCCAGUGGUUGCCAGAGCCUCCCUGUUCCUGGAGUGCGCCCGCUUUGUCCAUCGUUGUAACCGUGGCAACUGGCCCGAGUGGAUGAAGGGUCACCACGUGAACAUCACCAAGCGGGGUCUGUCUCGGGGACGCUCACCCGUGGUGGGAAACAAGAGGAACCAGAAGCUCCAGUGGAAUGCAGCCAAGCACUUCUGUCAAUGGGGAGAUGCCAUUGGUACGCGUCUCAGUGAGCUGUGCCACUCAGACAGCGAGAGUCCUGCCAACAUUCUGGGUUUCAUCUACGACGAGGAGACCAAGCGAAGAUUGAGAAAGGAGGACGAGGAGGAGGACUACUUAGACGACAAUACAGUCAACCCAACAAAAUGCGGCUGUCCUUUCGCUCUCAAGAUGGCCGCCUGCCAGUUACUGCUGGAGAUCACCACGUUCCUCAGAGAGACAUUCCCCUGCCUCCCCCGGCCACGCACAGAGCCCCAAGUGGAUUUGGAGAGCUGUCGAUUGAGGCUGGACCCUGAGCUGAGUCACCACCGUUAUGAGAGGAAGAUCAGCUUUGCCGGUAUCCUAGACGACGAGGACGGCCACGACUCUCUGAACAGCAGCAGCCACACACUCAAGUCUGACACGGCCUGCGACGACAAGAAGGCCCAGGAGCCUCUGGCUCCCAUCAGGAAGAGUCGUGCCGGGGGCUCUCGCCUGCUGCAGAUCAAGGGGGCCAGGAGUUUCAGGGUGAAGAAGGGGGGCUCUCUGUCCUCCAUCCGCCGGGCCGGCAGCCUGAAGAGCACCAAGAUGUCCCGCCAAGACUCAGAGUCAGAGAACGAGGAGGGACUGCUGUCCCAGAGCAGGGACACUGUCACUGAUAUCACAGGAAGUCCAUGGAGCACCAGUGAACCCAGUAUUGAGCCAGAGGGUUCAGGAGGCACCGGCGGAGGAGAGGACAACUACCACCGUAACAUGUCCUGGCUGCAUAUCAUGAUUCUGCUGUGCAACCAGCAGAGUUUCAUCUGUACCCACGUGGAGUUCUGCCACCCACGCUGCUACCAGCACCACAGCCGCUCCUGUGCCCGCCUGGUGCGUGCCAUCAAGCUGCUCUACGGGGAGACAGUGGACAGCCUGAGAGAAGACAGUGCAGGGAACAUCAGUAGCCGGUCCAAGAAAAACAAGGAGUGGUCAGACAAGUCAUGUCUGAGGACCCCGUCUAUGAAGAGACGCCCCAAAGACUCCAACACCGAGGGCAAGAAGGACACGGGCAUGCUCAAGUACAUCCGCAACCAGGUGAUGAGCCUGUCGCCGGCUCCUCUGUCACUGCUGAUCAAGGCGGCGCCCAUCCUGACAGAGGACAUGUACGCGGACGUCCAGCCUGCAGCCUGGGAGCUCCUGCUGAGUGUGGACGAGCAUAUGGCUGCCGCUGCAGCUGCCAUGUUCUUGCUGUGUGCGGUGAAGGUGCCCGACGCGGUGACAGAGAUGAUGAUGGCUGAGUUCCAGCACGCUGAGGCGAGCCAGCGCAUCAACUCGGUGUUCAAGUUCUACACGCUGUGGCGCUUCCGCUACCAGGUGUGGCCGCGCAUGGAGGAGGGUGCCCAGCAGAUUUUCAAGAUCCCUCCGCCCAGCAUCAACUUCACCCUGCCCUCACCUAUCCUGGGCAUGCCCUGUGUGCCCAUGUUUGACCCGCCCUGGGUACCCUCCAACACUGGCAGCGUCCAAGACCCAAUCAACGAGGACAACUCUAAAUCUUUCUCUGCGCGGGCCGUGUCGCGCUCCCACCAGCGUGCCGAGCACAUCCUGAAGAACCUGCAGCAGGAGGAGGAGAAGCGGCGUCUUGGGCGCGAGGCCAGCAUCAUCACAGCCAUCCCCGUGGCCCAGGAGGCCUGCUACGAACCCACCUGCAGCCCCCCGCCCGAGCAGGAGGAGGAAGCAGAAGAAGAGGUCAACCUGGCGUCUCGCCGCAUGUCCGUCACUCCGUCCUGCACCUCCAGUAACUCUCACAGGAACUACUCUUUCCGCCGCGGCUCCGUGUGGUCAGUCCGCUCUGUGGUCAGCGCCGAGGAUGAGGAGAACACUACGGAGCACACACCCACUCAUCACAUGCUGCAGCCCCCCCAGGCCGUCUUCCCAGCAUGCAUCUGUGCUGCCGUCUUACCCAUAGUGCACCUGAUGGAGGACGGGGAGGUGCGAGAGGACGGUGUGGCAGUGAGUGCAGUGGCCCAGCAGAUCCUGUGGAACUGUCUGAUCGAAGACCCCGCCCUGGUGCUCAGGCACUUCCUGGAGAAGCUCACCGUUAGCAAUCGACAGGAUGAGCUGAUGUACAUGCUGAGGAAGCUGUUGAUGAACAUCGGUGACCUCCCGGCCCAGACCUCUCACAUCCUCUUCAACUACCUGGUGGGGCUGAUUAUGUACUUUGUGCGUACUCCGUGUGAGUGGGGUAUGGAUGCCAUCUCGGCCACGCUGACCUUCCUGUGGGAGGUGGUGGGCUACGUGGAGGGGCUCUUCUUCAAGGACCUCAAACAGACCAUGAAGAAGGAGCAGUGUGAGGUCAAGCUGCUGGUCACUGCAUCCAUGCCAGGAACCAAGACCCUGGUAGUGCACGGGCAGAACGAGUGUGACAUUCCUACCCAGUUGCCUGUACAUGAAGACACUCAGUUUGAAGCCUUGCUCAAGGAGUGUUUGGAGUUCUUCAACAUCCCCGAGUCUCGGUCAGCACACUACUUCCUCAUGGACAAGCGCUGGAACCUCAUUCACUAUUCCAAGACCUUUGUGAGGGACAUCUAUCCGUUCAGGAGGUCUGUGUCUCCCCAGCUCAACCUGGUCCACAUGCUGCCAGAGAAAGGACAGGAACUCAUUCAGAAACAGGUGUUUUCCCGUAAACUGGAGGAGGUGGGCCGUGUUCUAUUCCUCCUCUCCUUGACCCAGAACAUGCCGGCCAUCCACAAACAGUCCCAUGUGUCCAUGCUCCAAGAGGACCUGCUCCGCCUGCCCUCCUUCCCCCGCACGGCCAUCGACGGAGAGUUCUCUCUCUUCAGCGAGCCACAGGGCAAGGAGCUCUUUGGCCUGGACACUCUCCACAAAGUCCUGUGGAUCAAACUACUAGAAGAGAUGUUUCUGGGCAUGCCCAGUGAGUACCCGUGGGGGGACGAGAUCAUGCUCUUCCUGAACGUGUUCAACGGCGCCCUGCUGCUGCACCCCGAGGACAGCGCCCUCCUCAGGCAGUACACGGCUACUGCCAUCAACACGGCCGUCCACUUCAACCACCUGUUCUCCCUGAGUGGAUACCAGUGGCUCCUCCCCACCAUGUUGCAGGUCUAUGCUGACUAUGAGAGUAACCCACUGCUGAGACAGGGGAUAGAGUUCUGCGUCAGACAGUUCUACAUCCUGCACCGUAAACCCUUCAUCCUCCAGCUGUUUGCCAGCGUGGCUCCACUGCUGGAGUUCACAACGUGCACCAGUACAGGCCUGUCUAAGGGGGUGUCUGCUCAGUGCCUGUUUGACCUGCUGGUCUCUCUGGAGGGAGAGACGCGUGAUACCCUGGAUGCCCUGGAGCUGGUCAAGGCUGAAAAACCCCUCCGAUCCCUGGACUUCUGCUAUGGUAGUGAGGACCUGGCCUUCUCCAUCAGUGAGUCCAUCAAGCUGUGUGUGACGGUGGUGGCCUACGCCCCAGAGUCUUUCAGGAGCCUACAGAUGCUGAUGGUGCUGGAGGCCCUGGUGCCGUGUUUUCUCCAGAAGCUGAAGAGCAACACCGUGACCAUGGAGUCAGCCUCGGCAGCACGGGACGAGAUCGCCGCCAUCGCCGCCCUGGCCACCUCCCUGCAGGCCCUGCUCUACAGCUCAGAGACCCUCACACGGCCAAUGACUGCCCCCCAGUUGAGUCGCUGCGACCAGGGACACAAAGGUGCCACGACUGCCAACCACGCCAUGUCUGGAGGGCCAAACACCAGGUGUGGAGUAGCCUUUACACCUGCCGGAUUUCGCCUUGUGUCCGGCAUCAGGGACAACCUUCACCUGUUGGAGGAGGGCCAGGGGAUGCCUCGCGAGGAGCUGGAUGAGCGUAUUGCCCGUGAGGAGUUUCGCCGGCCCCGGGAGUCCCUCCUGAACAUCUGCACUGAGUUCUACAAGCACUGCGGCCCGCGCCUCAAGAUCCUGCAGAACGUGGCCGGGGAACCCCGUGUCACCGCCUUAGAGCUGCUGGACAUCAAGUCCCACAUGAGAUUGGCAGAGAUCGCCCACUCCCUCCUCAAGCUGGCCCCCUACGACAGCCUGACCAUGGAGAGCCGAGGCCUGCGGCGCUACAUCACUGGGAUGCUGCCCAUCACCGACUGGUCAUCUGAGGCCGUGCGGCCCGCCCUCAUCCUCAUCCUGAAGCGGCUUGACCGCAUGUUCAACAAGAUCCACAAGAUGCCUACGCUCAGUCCUCCAGGACCCCCAACAGAGGGUCCCAACUCCAGUCCUCCAGGACCCCCAACAGCGGUUCCCAACUCCAGUCCUCCAGGACCCCCAACAGAGGGUCCCAACUCCAGUCCUCCAUCCCCCAACAAUGGUCCCCUCCAGUCACCCAGUACCCCCAACAAUGGUUCCCAACUCCAGUCCUCCAACAGUGGUUCCACACUCCAGUCCCCCAGUACCCCCAACAGUGGUUCCCAACUCCAGUCCUCCAGGACCCCCCAACAAUGGUUCCCAACUCCUGUCCUCCAGGACCCCCAACAGUGGUUCCCAACUCCAGUCCCCCAACAAUGGUUCCCUCCAGUCCCCCAGUACCCCCAACAGUGGUUCCCAACUCCAGUCCCCCAACAAUGGUUCCCUCCAGUCCUCCAGUCCCCCAACAAUGGUUCCCUCCAGUCCUCCAGUACCCCCAACAGUGGUUCCCAACUCUAG